GAAACGUCAAACCCGAUUCCUUCAUCCUUCACCCCAUUUCUAUUUCGUUUCCAUAUUUUUCUUCUGUACUCGGUUCCGAAAAGUAGCCACUGAUCUCUCUGUAUAUCGGCAAUGGCGGGAAGAUCAGGAUCCAAGACGAUGAUCGUCACAAACACACCGGCCAAAGAUCUCGCAUAUACUAACUGCGCUUAUUGUUCCCCUUCCGAUGUUCGUCAGUUUCUUCUUCCUGGAUCCAAUAUCGCUCUUGCUCUUGUUGGAGAUGUGUUCGUUCUCUCUAUAGCUGCCUAUGAUACCAUACAAAGUGGGCAAAUUGGGCUUAAUGCCAUUCAACGACGUCAUGCAAGAGUUUCGACUGGAGAUCCAGUAUCCGUUUGCAGGUUUAUUCCACCUGAAGAUUUCAAUAUUGCAUUACUUACACUUGAGUUGGAAUUUGUGAAGAAAGGAAAUAAAGAAGAGCAGGUUGAUGCUGUUCUUUUAGCCCAACAGCUUCGUAAAAGAUUUGUUAACCAGGUUCUGACUUCAGGCCAACGGGUGACUUUUGAGUAUCAUGGCAAUGGCUUUAUCUUCACAGUCACCCAGGUGACUGUGGAAGGGCAGGACAAAUCAAACAACAUUGAAAGAGGCAUGCUAGUAUCUGAUUCAUACAUUGUAUUUGAAGCAUCCAAUUCUAGUGGGAUAAAGAUUAUCAAUCAGCGGGAGGCUGCUAGCAGCAACAUUUUCAGGCACAAGGAGUUUAACCUUCAAUCACUUGGCAUAGGUGGCCUAAGCGCUGAAUUUGCGGACAUUUUUAGAAGAGCAUUUGCCUCUAGGGUUUUCCCUCCACAUGUGGCAAGCAAAUUGGGAGUAAAGCACGUCAAGGGAAUGCUGCUAUUUGGUCCCCCUGGGACUGGGAAGACUCUAAUGGCUCGUCAAAUUGGAAAGAUGUUGAAUGGAAGGGAUCCAAAGAUUGUAAAUGGACCCGAAGUGCUGAGUAAAUUUGUUGGUGAAACUGAGAAGAAUGUAAGGGACUUAUUUGCGGACGCUGAACAAGAUCAAAAAACACGAGGGGAUCAAAGUGACUUGCAUGUGAUCAUUUUUGAUGAAAUUGAUGCAAUUUGUAAGUCUAGAGGUUCAACUCGAGAUGGCACAGGAGUGCACGAUAGCAUUGUCAACCAACUCCUUACAAAGAUAGAUGGUGUGGAAGCGCUGAACAAUGUGUUGCUCAUCGGUAUGACAAACAGGAAGGAUUUGCUUGAUGAAGCUCUUUUGAGGCCUGGUCGUUUGGAAGUCCAAGUGGAGAUCAGCCUUCCUGAUGAGAAUGGCCGCUUACAAAUUCUCCAGAUUCAUACAAAUAAGAUGAAAGAGAAUUCUUUUUUAGCUCCAGAUGUGAACUUGCAAGAGCUUGCUGCACGAACAAAGAACUACAGUGGAGCAGAACUUGAAGGUGUUGUGAAAAGUGCUGUUUCUUAUGCACUGAAUCGGCAGCUAAGCCUUGAUGAUCUUACCAAACCAGUAGAUGAGGAGAGUAUAAAAGUCACAAUGGAUGAUUUCGUGAAUGCUCUUCAUGAAGUUAUUCCUUCAUUUGGUGCUUCCAUGGACGACCUUGAACGUUGCAGACUCAAUGGAAUAGUUGAUUGUGGUCAGCGACAUGAUCAUAUCUUCAAAAGAACUAUGUUAUUAACGGAGCAAGUUAAAGUUAGCAGAGGUAGUCCGCUUGUCACAGUUCUUCUGGAAGGCCCAAGUGGCAGUGGUAAGACUGCAAUGGCAGCUACUGUAGGUAUUGGUAGUGAUUUUCCCUAUGUCAAGAUUAUUUCAGCUGAAUCGAUGAUUGGCCUCAGUGAAGCCAGUAAAUGCGCACAGAUUGUGAAGGUAUUUGAGGAUGCUUACAAGUCAACACUGAGCAUUAUUGUUCUUGAUGAUAUUGAAAGGCUACUGGAAUAUGUUGCCAUUGGACCUCGCUUUUCCAACUUGAUUUCUCAGACGUUGAUGGUCCUUCUCAAACGGCUUCCUCCAAAGGGUAAAAAUAUGCUGGUGAUUGGAACAACAAGUGAGGUGUCUUUCCUGGAUUCGGUUGGCAUUUGUGAUGCUUUCUCGGUCACUUACCAUGUUCCUACAUUGAAGACCGAAGAUGCUAAAAAGGUGUUGCAACAAAUCAAAGUGUUUUCAGACGAUGAUAUUGAUGCUGCGGCCGAGGCCCUAAAUGAUAUGCCGAUCAAGAGACUAUAUAUGGUGGUAGAGAUGGCGGCACAGGGAGAGUAUGGUGGAGGCGCGGAAGCAAUCUACUCCGGCAAGGAAACAAUUCAAAUUUCACAUUUCUAUGAUUGCCUCCAGGAUAUCGUCCGCUACUAGUGUAUGUCGUGUAUGCUUCUUAUCUCUAUAUACACCUGCUUUCGUUUUCUACACAAUACUCGAAUUUUGUAUCUUGGCUUGUAUACUUUCCCCCCACGGCAUAUUUCGGCAGCAGAGUUUAGAAAGAAAAAAAACCAUCAAUUUUUUUUUAACUUUUGUUAACGUUGUGUGUGAAGAGUAGACCGAUUGAUAGCUACUUGGUCUGUGUUGUUGGUAUUGAUAGUCUUCUGUUUAUUUGUUUUAAGAGCUCGAAAAUCGGUCAUUGGUUGUGAUUUUUAUGAUGGAUUAUUGAUUAUUUGUUGUUCAAGCUUUUAAGGUAUAUAUGAGAAUUUUUAUAUACGUUGGAUU